AUGCCCAUGGCAUACUACAUGGCAUCCAUUGGUCUUUUCGGGAUGCUAAGGUUGCCGAUGAUGUGGCAGCGUUCCCAAGACGAACAGAAAGCAAUGCCUCUGGUGAUAUACGGCGCCUCAGGAGCAGUAGGUUCUGCUGCAGUCCAACUCGCCGUCAACGCAAACUUCCAUCCUCUCGUUUGCGUUGCAGGAUCAGGAGCAUCUGCGAUACAGCCACUCCUCAACAGCAGCAAGGGCGAUGUGGUUCUCGACUACAGAGAAGGCGCCGAAAAGCUGGUCGAAAACAUGAAAGCUGCGCUUGGUGAGCAGGAAUUACAUUAUGCCUUUGACUGCGUGAGUGAACACGGCUCGUCAGCAAACAUCUGUCGUGUGCUUCGGAAAGGAGGACACAUCAGUCUGGUCUUGCCAUCAGGAGUAAAAGACGUCCCACCCGGUUUCGAUGUCAACACCACAAUGGCCGGAAACCUAUGGGCCGGAUUCAAGAACAAGAGCGAUACGCAUGGAGCAAUGGGUUUGGCCGGAGGAAAAGAAUUCGGAUACUGUUACUCCAGACUGCUCGGGCAUUGGUUCAGCGAAGACAAGUUGCGUGUUCACAGUCCCGAGAUAAUUGAGGGCGGGUUGCUGGGCAUAGAGAAGGCGCUGAAGAAUCUGAGGGAAGGAAAGAAUCAUGGGGUGAAAUAUGUUGUGCGCGUCAGAGACACGCCUGGCUUGGAGUGA